AUUAUUCUUCAACAAAAAAUGAUACAAGAGAAGUAUCACUAGAAGAUACAUUUGAAAAUAACGAUAUCUUGACAAUGUUAGAUGAUCAAGAUAUACCAAAUAAUGAAGACGAAUUAUCAACUUCAUCUUUACCAAGAGAUAAUUAUGAUAAUUCUGAAGAUAUUCUAUCAGAUAAUUUACAAGAAGUUGAACAAAUUCCAUUACAAAACAAUAACGAUAACCAAAUUCCAGCAACAUUUAAUAAAAUGGAUGAUGUCUUAGAA